AUGGGCGUGCGUGUCUACGAGUGGGUGGAGAUACUUGAGGCAGGGGUGCAGCACCGCGACACGCAGGAGGUGAUCGCGAAACCGGACUCAGUGAGCUGCAUCUGCUUCACCAGCGGGACGAGCGGCGUGCCGAAGGGUGCGAUGCUGACGGAGCGCAUGCUGGUAGCGACGAUAAGCGGCCGCCAAGGCGAGCUAGCGAUUCGCGGCGCAGGAGUCUUUCCCGGUUACUUCUGCAACGAGGAGGCUUCUCGCGAGUGCUUUGACGAGGAGGGUUUUUUCCACACUGGCGACAUUGCGGAGAUUUUCGACGGCAACCGCGUGCGCAUUAUCGACCGCAAGAAGAACUUGUUUAAGUUGAGCCAGGGCGAGUACGUCUCGCCGGAGAAGGUUGAGACU